CUAGAAUUGCCUUGGGUAGAAAUCUGUUUUAAUGUAUAUGUAACUCCACUUCUGGUACUUAGUCAGAUUUAUGUUUUCCUAGAAUUGCCUCUUCUACCUUACGGAUACUGGAAAUUUGGUACAUCUCUUCUACCUUACUGAUACUGGAAAUUUGGUACAUCUCUUCUACCUUACUGAUACUGGAAAUUUGGUACAUCACAGACAGCGCUGCCCAUAUAGGAAACCUACUGUAGCCUGGAUGGUUGCCUUGCUUUUGCUGGAAUAACUCAGUGUGGCCCUGCAUACACCGCCUGCUAAUCUUCACUGGGUCCAAUAAUGUCACCACCUUCAAAUUCAAAAAAACACAAGUCAGGAUCACUUAAAAGAAAAGAGUGUUUUAAAAAGAAGAGAGAACAACAGCUUAUAUCAAAGCAUGCUACUCGGUUUUGGUCAGAAUUUAGAAUUAAAGCUACAUUACCACAAUUUCCUGAAAAACCUCAUACAAGUACAAAUGAUGCAUUUUUGAAUACUGUUGAAGUGACUGCAAGCCCUACGUGCACAUCACAUGAUUUGGUUACAAGUUUGUCUGAGACAACGGAUAAUGCAAAUAUAUGUCAUUUAACAGAACAGAGUGAAAUUACAAAGUUACAGGAAACAAAUGAUACUGAGCUUGCACACACUGAUGUACAAAUUUGUCCAGAAACAGGUGAAAUAGAUAAUAUUGCUUUUUCUACAGCUGCUUCUAUAGCAAGUAUUUCCAAUAGUGAAAAAGAUAAAAUUGUGGCUUCUACUGAUCCUGCUUUGUGGCCAAAGCAAAAUAAAAAUUUGCUUCAGGAUUAUUGGUGUUGUCAUGGUCCACAAAUGUGUAGAAAUUUUACUGGAAAGUACAAUGUUUCAGAAAGACGUUAUUCUGGUGGUGUGAAACGGUCUUUCAAUAAUGAAAUGGUAGAGCGUAUAAUGCCAAAUGGAGAAACUGUGGUAAGAAGCUUCAUUAUCUAUUCACCUUCUGAGGGAAACAUAUUUUGUUUUCACUGUCGACUUUUUUCAACAAAAACGACAGCAUUUUCUUAUUAUGGCUUUAGUGACUGGAAGCAUGCAUCUGACUGCCUCAUACACCAUGAAAAUAGUGCAGAACAUCAGCGGUGUGUAAAAGCCUAUAUUAAAAGGUGCCAUGUACAAGGUAGAAUAGAUUCUGAAGUACAAAAGACACUUGAAAUCCGAGAGAGGUAUUGGAAAGAUGUCUUAAGACGUGUUGUUGCCACAGUGAAAUUUCUCUCCCAGUAUGGUUUACCCUUUCGUGGCACAGUAGAGAGAUUUGGCUCUCCAAAUAAUGGUGUGUACCUUGGAUCUCUUGAAUACUUGGCUCAGUUUGAUCCAUUCAUAGCUGCACACAUAGAAAAGUAUGGUAACAAAGGGCGAGGUAAGCCUUCUUACCUGUCUUUGGGUAUCUGUGAAGAGAUGAUUACCAUGAUGGGUCGCAAAGUCCAGAACCAAAUUGUUAAAGAAAUAAUAUCUGGAAAAUAUUAUUCUUUAUGUGUGGACUCCACUCCAGACGUAAAUCAUGUAGAUCAGCUGACAUUUACAGUUCGCUUUGUCAACAAGUGUACUGGUCAACCAGUAGAGAGAUUUCUGCAAUUUGUACCAAUUCAUUCACACACUGGAGAGUCUUUGGCAAAUACCAUAUUAAAGACUCUUGAAGAACAUAAAAUACCGAUUAAAGAUUGUCGUGGUCAAGCAUAUGACAAUGCAAGUAACAUGUCCGGAAAGUAUAAAGGAGUAAAGACUCAUAUUCAGAAAGUGAACCCACUAGCUGAAUAUGUGCCUUGCAGUGCACACUCCCUUAACUUGGUUGGCCAGCGAGCUGUAAGUGUCUGCCCCACCGCAGCUGAUUUUUUUUCACUUGUGCAGCUAUUGUAUGAUUUUUUCUCAGGCUCUACACACCGCUGGGAAUUGCUACUUAGUCACUUAAAGCCAAAUGAGAAAGGUAGAGUUUUGACCCUAAAAGGGCUUGGAGACACACGAUGGUCAUCUCAUGCAAAUGCUGUUAAAGCUUUAUUUCAAAACUACUGCAACAUACUGCAGUGUUUAAAAAAAAUUGAAAGUAAUGAAGAAGAAUAUGUAGACACACGUAAGCUUGCAAAACCAUUAAUUAAAAAACUGGAAAAAUUGGAAAAUGUCAUAACUAAUGUCGGUAACUUUGCAACCGAAUUCUGGAGCAAUUUAACUUAA